AUGAGACAGAGAAUUAAUGGAUUCAUUGAUUCAUCAUAAAAUGUUACACACUAUUCUAGCUUUGAAUGUUUUUGUAAAUUUAUUUCGUAAUUGAUUCUCACAUCCUAAAAGGAAUCAAUUCUAUAUAUUGAAAAAUCAAAUACUAUGAAAUUGUCCAAAAUUAAUAAUUAUUCAAGUUUUUAAACUUUAAUUGACAAAUCAAGGAACUUAGUCUUUUUGGGAGGAACCCUAUAACCAUUGAAUGAAUUUGAAAUAUUCAAAGAGAGAGUUGAUUCUAAUGAGUUUAUUUUUAAGGAAUAUCCUCAUAUAAUUUCAAAAGACAGAUGUUAAUUAUUAGUAAUAAAUGCAUAAUUAGAAUAUUCGUUUAAGUAAAAGAAUGAAAAUUUGAAUUAACUUAUGAUUCAAACGAAUUCACUUAUUUAAGACAUAGAAAAAUGCAUUCCAGAGGGAAUUGUAAUCUUCAUGUAAACCUAUACAUUUUUAGAGUAAUUCAAAUAAUAUGCAAAAUCAAAUAAUCUACAGUUUAGCAAAUAAGUGUUUUUUGAUGAGAAGUAAAGUUCUUAAAUUCUGGAGAAAUAUUCUGAAGUGGCUAAAAAAGGUGCCAUUCUAUUAUCAGUUGUAGGGGGUUCAUUGUCAGAAGGAAUUAACUUUUCUGAUCAUUUAGCUAGAGCAGUAAUUAUAUUUGGAGUUCCAUACCCAAAUCUUGAUAGUUUUGAACUGAAAGAAUAAAUUAAUAUAAAUGGGAAUUAAUAUUAUGAUAAUAUCACAAUGAGAGCAGUUAAUUAAUGUAUUGGAAGAGUUAUCAGACAUAAAAACGAUUAUGGUCUGCUCUUCUUAAUAGACAAAAGAUUUUCAGAAGAUAAACUAAGAUUAAAGUUUUCGACUUGGUUAUAGAACAGAAUCACAAUUUAAAAUGAUUUUAAGGGAACUAAUUUUUUUGAAUCAUUUAAGAAGAUACUCUGA